UUUCUUUCGCUUGCUUUUACUUUUGCAUAACUGUUAAUAUAUUUACUUAUGAGUAAAAUCUGCGUCAAUCUUAUUCGCGCAUAUAAGGUUAAAAAGUAAUUAUUAAAUACGUGAGAAAAAGCAGAUUUUAUUGUCGUUAUAAAUUAAAGCUUUUUUAUUAUCGUUUUCAUUUUAAUCCAUAUCCACGAUAGAUUGUAAUAGGAAGUAAAGGUGUAUCUUUUAGAACGGCAAUGUUGUUGGUAUAUGUUUGCGAUCUCGAUCCGUUUCGUGCUGUGACAUAACAUAACCUUAAAAUUUUCCAUAUAUAUAUUUUUGUUUAUUUGAGAUUCGCUGGUUCCAGUAUUGGAUUCGGCUUUUCUAAAAAAUAUGGAGUGGCAAAAUUUCUUGGAGCCACUUAGUCGUAAGCUAAGGAUCACGCAUUUAAAUACGCCAAAUGAGAUUAAGGCGAAAAUGAAACGCGAAAAUGAAUUGAUGAGUUAUUUGUUGGCCGAUCAAGAAGUAAGGGAGUUCAUAUCCUUGUGGUUAGAGGAACGAUACAAAAAUAGAGAUUCGAAAUCGAUCGAAAAGGCAAAGAUAUUCAAGGAUGUUGGAAACAAAGAUUUUCAAGCAAAAAAUUAUACUUCAAGCAUUCAGUCUUAUACAAAAGUUGCUUUGUAUGCACCAGCAGAUAGCGAGGUAUUACCAUUAGCUAUCGCUAAUAGAUCUGCUGCUUUAUAUCAUUUGGGUAAAUAUGAAGAUUGUAUCAAAAAUAUUGAAUUGGCUAUUAAGUUAGAAUAUCCGGAAAAGUUAAGACAUAAAUUGUAUCUAAGAGCGGUACAAUCAUAUUUAAAAUUAGGUAAACCGACAAAGGCUAAAGAAUCUCUUGUUCGUGUUCGUGAGAUAAUGACUAAAUGCACCGAUAUACCAGAUGUAAAAAAGGAGGAUAUAGAAAAACAAAUUGCACAUUUAGCAUCUCUUGCAUCAUGCAUGCAUAAUGACACAGAAGAUACCGAAGACAAUGAUUCAACGCAAUCUAUACCUGAACUUGCAUUUGGAGAAAAUCCUGAUUUUCCUUCUGCAUCGACAGCCAUAGAUAAAAAAUAUUCAUCAGAAAAGGGAAGAUAUGUUGUUGCAAAUAGGGACAUAAGAAAAGGUCAAAUACUUUUUGUUGAAAAACCAUUUGCUUUUGUACUUGUGGAUUAUGGUAGAAUGAGUGGUUCUUGUGAAAAUUGUUGUCGUCCUUAUGGAGAUGUCCCUGUUCCGUGUACAAUGUGUUUGGAUACGUUAUAUUGUAAUAUGAAAUGUUGGAACGACGAUUAUACGUUUUAUCAUCGUUGGGAAUGCCCAGGUAGUCAAAUGGGACUUUGGCAACAAAAUGGAAUUGCACGUUUAGCUUUAAAGGUGUUUUUAAUGUGUUCGACUACAUCCGACAGAAACAGAUUUAACGAAGUACAAAAGUUGAUAACGAACUUUGACAAAUUAUCAUUAAAAGAUCUUAUUGCUUAUGGAAUUACGGCGACAAUGCUUACGCUUUAUCUUUUGAAGUAUUCUGAUUUUUUUGAAGAUAACGAUCUUACAGAAUGUUUGAUAUCCAAAUUUUCCGACGAGACCUAUAAUUUCCCAUGUGAAACUUCUGUCGAAAGCGAUAGGCAUUUGUACGUAGGCUCAUUACUUCUGAGACACAUUUUACAACUUGUUUCUAAUGGUCAUGCCAUUACAAAAUUAGAUGUAAUUGUAUCCGAUAAAGAUAAAGUUUUAACAGAACGAGAAAAUCGUGUUGCUAAAGCGAUUUAUCCUUCGGCGAGUAUGAUGAAUCAUUCUUGUGAUCCAAAUGUAAUAAAUAGUUUCAUGGACCAAUAUCUUAUCGUUAAGGCUAUAAAAGAUAUAGGAGCAGGAGAAGAAGUUUAUACCUGUUAUGGUGCACAUUUUAGACAAAUACCGAGAGAUUACAGGCAAUUAGCUUUAAAAAGUCAAUACUGUUUCACUUGCAAAUGCGAACCUUGCACCAUACCAGAACUUCAAUACUUCAUGGAAAGAUUCAAUGCUAUAAAGUGUCCAGAAUGUAGCGGCGCUUUGUAUACUGUUCAUAAUUAUUUCAUGCAUUGCUUAGACUGUGGUGCAACGCCUACUUUAAAUUAUGAUAUUGAAUUAAAACAAGCUCAAGAUCUUUUCGAGGAUGCACAAGUUUAUAUAGAAAUGGAGAGGGAGGAAGAGGCAUUGGAUAAAUUGAAACAAUGUUUAAGUAUAAGGAGAAGUGUAUUGUAUAAAUAUCAUGAAGAUAUUACUGCUACAUUAGAUCUUAUUGGGAAAGUAUAUGCUAUUAUGGGUCGAUGGUUAGAUUCUAUAUCUUAUUUGGAACAUAGCAUUGCCGCAGUCAGUGAAAGAUUUGGUUCCUGUAGCAUAGAACUUGCCAAUGAAUUGAAUAAACUCACAGAUAUAUGUAUAAGAUAUCUUCAAGAAGAACCAAAUACCGCAACAAAGUGGUAUAAGAAUAUCUUGAAAAAGACACGACGUUACUUGUCACACGCGGAGGAAAUUUUAAAUUUCAAUUAUGGACCGUGGAAUAAUGCUUGUGGUGAAAUAAGUGAAAAACAAAAAAUUCUAUCGGUAUUGCUGAAAGAUUUUAACAUUUAGUUCGAAUAAUUUUAUUAAUGCACUGUGUCUAAUACGCGAAUGAAUAAAAACUGGCAUAUUUACAUAUUGCAAAGUUUAUAUAUAUAUAUACAUACAUAUAUAUAUAUAUAUAAAUAUAUAUAUAUAUACAUUAUAUAUAUAAUAUAUAUAAAUAUAUAUAUAUAUAUAUACAUUUCAAGAUUCGUAUAUAUAGGCUUUUUUUUAUAGAAACAUUUAGUAGUCAACAUAGAGUAGAAUUGUUUGUAGAUUCAAAACUAUCAUUUUUGAUUUACACUUUUCGACGCACCGUAUACUUAACGAAAAAAAAAAGAAAAAAGAAAAGAAAAAAAAAAAAAGGAAAAAUUAUUGUUAAGUAAAUCUCCUAUCAUUCUAUGUUUAACUAUUGGUAUAUAAGUUAUUGUGUAUAAGCUUAUUAAAAAAGAAAUGGAACAUUUGAAAGGACUGAAAAUAUUGGAGAUAUAUAUAUAUAUACAUACAUAUAUAUGUAUAUAUAUACAUAUAUAUAUAUAUAUAUAUAUAUAACUUUUAACGAAGUUGAACUUAUAUAUUGGAAGUGAAAAAUAAUAUCAUUUCGCUUUUCAAUGCUUAAGCACUAACGGAAAGUAUUAUUUUAAACGACGAGACAUAAACGAAUGUACUUUUCUUCGCGAUAACGCUUCGAUUAAUACGGUUUAAUGAUGUGAUGAUACAUUUAUUGAUCGGAAUAAAGAAAACCAUGUAGAAUACAAAUCAUGUAUUAAACGAUUUUCAAACGUAA